AUGAUUGUGGACAAAACCGAGACCAUGAAAUCAAAGCAGUACUUAAAGGGUCUAUCACCGCUCCACGUGGCCUGCCUGUACGGUCAGCUGCCAACUAUUCGGCAGCUGGUUGUGUCCCAUCUGUGCUCCGUCAACAGUAGGGGCACCCAGGGUCGCCGUCCUAUUCACGUGGUCCUGUCCUCCCGGAGCUCACCCAACACCUCCACUUGUCUCCGAUACCUGCUGGAGCAUGGGGCCGACGUCAACAUCACCACAGACGCAGGGCAGACCCCUCUGCACCUGGCUGCCUCUGAGGGCCUCUUGGACUCCACAGAGAUCCUCGUACAGGCCGGGGCAGACGUUUUGGCUCAGGACUGUGUGGGGCAUACACCUCUGGACUUGGCCCGAAUCUGGUGCCACAGGAAAGUAGCGAGGUAUCUGAAAAACUGCAUGUGGCAGGCAAAUAAGGCGAAGGAAAUGGAGGACAGGAAGCUUGUUCAGUCUCUGUAUGGUGACCUUGUGGAUAUGUGCAAACUAAACACAUUCAAUAAAAAGCCACUUAUAGAUGAGAAAAUGGCAGAGUGGGCAAACAAAAAACACUUGCCCCUGCUAAAGGAUUUCUCCCCGAGAGCCUUGGUGAGUCAGUACCACACCCAGUGCCUCUCAUCAGAUCAGGACAGCUCAAAUUUAAAACAUGCCAAGGGUCUGUUUAAGCUCCAGGCAGGACACCCUCAGGAAGACAACAGCACCUCCACCAAACCACCUCUGGCCUCAGCCUUCAGGCCAUGGACCAUCUACACCGGCCUCCAGCUAGAGAAACCCACAAGAGAGCCAGACCUCCGAGGUCGUGUCACAGUGUGGAAGGACAGCAGCAGCAGGCAGCCUCUGUACACCACCGAGUGGGACAGCAUGCCUCGCUUCACUCCCGACCUGCCUCUGGAUGCCCUUGAGAGGGUGUUGUUCCCCAGAGCCUUCCCUGCCAGGAUCGCCUCCCCUCGGCACUUUGAGUCUCAGGAUAUUCUGGAGAUUCAGCACAGAGGAUGCCCCCAGGGGAAGAGCACGUCUCCCUGGACAGAGGUGGCCAUGCACCUGGCUGAGGUGCUGGAGCCUGGACACUACUGA